AUGAAUAUACCAUAUCACAACAUUAUCGAUCUAUUUAACAUAAAAAACUACGAGUAUUAUGAAAAGUACUACAACUAUGAAGAGGCCAAAAGAAACCACACAGCAUUUGUCAAUAAUGGAAAUAUAUGUUAUUGCAAUGCUUCACUACAACUAAUUUUGUCAAUUAAACCUCUUUGCAUAUAUAUAAUAAAAAAUUUCGACAAGUUCUACCUCAAGACACAAUCUAAAUAUAAAGGAGAUAUAAUUAAAACAGUGUAUGAACUGAUUCACGAAACUUAUAAUAUUGGAGAAACAAAGCAAAAUAAUGUAUUAUGUACAAAUAAACAUAUAAAUUUACUUAAAAAAAUUAAUAAAUAUAAUUUACAUUUGGAUAUUUUUUCACAAAAUGAUGCUCAUGAAUUUAUGCUACUAUUACUAAAUUAUAUUAACAUAGAAUGUAAUAGAUAUACAGAUAAUGAAAAAAAUGUGGAAAUAAUAUUGGACGAAAACGAUGGCAAAGAAUUGGCAGGUGAUAAAUACUGGGUAAAAUAUCUAUAUAAAGAAAAUAGUAUAAUAACGGAUUUGCUAGGAUUUCAAAAUAUUUCUACUAUUACGUGUUUUAAUUGUGAUCAUACACGAUACAGUUUUGAAUUUUGCUUGGAUUUGGGAUUAGAAUUUCCUGAUGAAAAUAUAAAAAGUACUACACUUAUAGAAUUAAUUAAAAAUAACAUAAAUAAAAGUGAUGACAUUUGCUCAUUAGAUUGUAAUAAUUGUAAACUAAAAAAAACAAGCAGAAUCAAAAAAGGGAUAUAUAGAAUGCCUAAUUUAUAUAUGAUAAUAUAUAUAAAAAGAUUUAAAUGGGUAUAUUACCAAAGUAAUAACUGUUAUAAUAAUAAAGUUAAAAAAAUAGAUACAAUUGUAUUACUACCCCAAGAUGGUAUCGUCGAUUUUACAAAUUUUAUACAACUUUCUAACCAUAAAUCUUUAUAUAAUGCUAAAUAUAUUAUUGAAAGUAUUAUAUGUCAUAGUGGAAAUAGUUACAAUGGCCAUUAUACAUCUAUAGUUAAGCAUUACGAUGGAUUUUACAAAUGCAACGACGAUAAAAUAUAUAAGUUAGAUACACCAUACGAUCCUAACAAUAUCAGUGAUAUAUAUUUGCUUUUGCUAAGGAGAUUACCCUAG